AUGAUAGAUCAAUGCGUCUGCACAGACAGCGUGCGUCAACCGGCGGUUUUUUUGACUCCCUCUUUCAUCCUGCUUCGAUUCACACCCUUUUACACUUGUUUACCUGACGAUUUUACGACACCCCCAUGCGACCUUGUUAUUGCGAGCAUCGGCGUUUGGCGUUUUACCCUCCCAUGCUGCUUACACCACAACCUACUGUUCAACGUACAUAUGACACCACCCGUCUUUGGAACGGGCAUCUCGGCAGAGCUAAGCUACGCUACAGAGCCAGGUCUACAUCUUUGGGUUGACUUGGCCAGGAGUCCCCAACCCCAUGGAAUGAAGCUAUAA